AUGCAGCACUAUGAAAAACUCAUUGUCUUUCCUUUAGCAGCUGCCCAAACUGCCCAAGCUGCCCCAGCUGCCCAAACUGCCCAAGCUGCUUCAGCUGCCCAGCUACCUCAAACAAUGUUGAGAUUGACUUACUCGGCUCCCUAUCAACUCCUCUCUUCAAAUGCAUUGGCCAUUGUGCCAACUACAUCUCCUACCACUACAUUUGAACCUGAUGCCCAUGCAAACUCUGGUUCUGCGACCACAUUUGUGGCAACUCCAUCAGCUUCUAAUGUUAUGAGCCAGUCAUUUGAUGAUCCAUUUGGCGACUCCCCCUUCAGAGCUCUCCCUUCCAGUGAGACUGUCCAACCUCAGCCCACAGACUUCCACGCCCACAGACUCUUUCCCUCCAACCAUGAACCAGAUCUGCUGAACCACAACACUGAUAUUCUUGCGGAUAUUCUCCCCCCUCCUGGACCCUUCACCUGUCAUGACUUCACUGCCACCCUUUUCAGUUCCAACAGCAGUGGGGGUUUUUUUCCCCCACAGGGAGGACCUACAGCUCCCAUCACUUCACAUGUGGCUCCCCCAACUCCGACAGACCAAUUGCACAGGAGGUUCUACGGCUCCCCAUCACCUUGUACAUGGCUCCCUCAAACUCAUACUGGACCAGCUGCACAGCUUAAUGGUGGGAACUUUCAUCCACAACAGGGUUCUGUCGGCCCAGUAGCUUCGCAGGCUGUUCAUCAAGCUCCAACUGGACCAGGUUUGCAGCACAACAGUGAUGUUCUUGGAAACCUUUUUCCACAAACAGGGCCAAACACUUCAAUGGGUUCACAUCAAGCACUGCCAUCUUCAACAGGGGCACUUUCUAUAGUUGCUCAACCACCUAAAGACAAGUUUGAGCCCAAGUCAGCAGUUUGGGCUGAUACACUGAGCAGAGGACUAGUUAAUUUUAAUAUAUCCGGAGCUAAAAUUAAUCCGUUGAAUGAUAUUGGAAUUGAUUUGAUUCCAUUAACCGGAAAGAAAAGAGGAUGGAGAAGCAGCCAGCAACUCCUGCAGCAUCUACUGUUUACCAUGGGUAAAGCUAUGGGAUCUGGUUCUGGUAUUGGCCGUGCAGGUGCAAGUGUUCUUAGGGUCCCAGGUCCAGCUAUGGGUAUGGGUAUGGGUAUGGGUGGCGGUCCGGGUGGAGGCAUGGGCAUGGGUGGCUACGGAGGCAUGAAUCAACCCAUGGGAUGGGAAUUGGGAUGGGGAUGGGAUGGGGAACAUGGGAAUGGGAAUGAAUAUGGGCGUGGGGAUGCAAGGGCCCAACUGGAUUGCCUCCUGGGUCAAACGUGCCUGCCGGUUAUAACCCCAUGA